AUGCUCAUCAAGGUUGAACAAAUAGAAGUUAAAAAAGGAGAUCUAAUUGGCACUGGUGGAAAUGGCUAAGUUUUUCAAGGAUAAAGAUCAGACGGAAGUUUUGUAGCGAUAAAAUAGUAAAUGACAAUAAGUGAUCAUGAAUAAAAGAUCUUGCAGGCUAUCAGAAAAAAAAAUGUUAACAUAUAAUUUAAGUAUAUGCUUUUGAAAAGUAGAAGGAUGGAAUUUUCACAAUAAUGGAACUUGCAAAAAGUCUUGAUUUAAGGUAAAUAUAAGAUAAAAGGAAGGCUUGUUUACAAGUAUAUUGCUUUCAAUAUUUUUUUAGAUGGCGAAAGGUGUUUUUGAAUUAGAAUAAUUAGGAUUUUUUCAUAGAGAUUUAAAACCUGAUAAUUUUGUGAUGGGGGAAGAUGGUAAAAUCAAAUUAAUAGAUUUUGGAACCACAAAAUAAAAUUAAAAAUAAACUAAUACUGCUGCUACAGGAACUUAUUUAUAUAUGGCCCCAGAAAUGAUUAUCUCCACAAACUAUGAUUCAUCUGUUGACAUUUGGUCUUUAGGUGUGAUCUUUUAUGAGGUUUUUACUAAUGAAACAUUUUUCUUAAUAUGUGAUACUUCUUUUAAAUUAUAACUAGCAAUAACCUAAAUAACUCAAUUCUAAAUAAAUUAGAAAUUAAGAAAAAAAUAAAUAAAUUAUUAGUUAAAUGAAUUAUUAUAAAAAAUGAUUGUUCAAUAUUUGGAUGGUGAAUAAAAAAUUAUAAUAUUAAAAAAAAGGAUAAGAAUUGAUGAAGUAAUAAAUGAACUAGAAAAAUAAAUAGAGGUUGAAUAGACUUAAUAGCAAAUUAAAAUUCUUGAAUAUAAAGAAGAUUUGUCUAAGAUUUUAACUUCAUCAAAUUAUAUUGAUGAAUGUAUUUUGAAUGUGAUAAUUGAAAUAUUGAGAAAAGCGAAAAUUUCAGAUUGUCUUAAAUUUCUUUCAUAAAAUAAAAGUCAAACACUUAUUAAAUAAUAUAUUUUAUAAAUUAAAAACAACAUAACACUUGAUAAAUAAUAGAUUAUAGGUGAUCUAGAUGAGAAAAUAUAAAAAAUAACUAAUCUUCUCAAGUAAAUUAAAGUACAUGACUUUAAUAAAAUAAGCUAUUCAAUUGAAAAUUAAGAAAAAACUAAAUAAGAUCUACUAAAUAAAAUAUCGCAUAAUGAGAAGAUAAUAAAAUUAUUAAAAUUCUUAAUUCGACUUACAGCUUUUGAUAACCUAUUCAUUUAUAGUGGGUCAAAUUCACUUCAUUUAUUAGUAGAUAUGAAGGUAGAUAUCAGAAACCAAUCAUUUGAAAAUAUCAGAAUAAAGAAUACUUCUGUAAUUGGAGGAAAUUUUGUCAGAUGUAACUUUAGUGGAUCUGAUUUUGAUAAUGUAGAUAUCAGCGGAUUGAAUUUGAAUGGUGCUUAGCUAUUCAAUUGUAAAUGGAAGAACAUAAAAGUCCAUGAAUUGAAUAAGUUGGAUGGUCAUAGUAGUAGUGUGAGAUCAGUUGGAAAUACAUUAGCUUCUGGUAGUAGUGAUUAGUCUAUCCUUAUAUGGGAUGUCAAAACAGGAUAAUAAAAAGCCGAAUUAGAUGGUCAUAGUAAUGAUGUCAACUCAGUUUGUUUCUCUCCUGAUGGAAAUACAUUAGCUUCUGGUAGUGUAGAUAAGUCUAUCCGUUUAUGGGAUGUCAAAACAGGAUAAUAAAGAGCCGAAUUAGAUGGUCAUCUUAGUUAUGUCUACUCAGUUUGUUUCUCUCCUGAUGGAAAUACAUUAGCUUCUGGUAGUGUAGAUAUGUCUAUCCGUCUAUGGGAUGUCAAAACAGGAUAAUAAAGAGCCGAAUUAGAUGGUCAUAGUAAUAGAGUUUGGUCAGUCUGUUUCUCUCCUGAUGGAAAUACAUUAGCUUCUGGUAGUGGUGAUAACUCUAUCCGUAUAUGGGAUGUCAAAACAGGAUAAUAAAAAGCCGAAUUAGAUGGUCAUAGUGGAACUGUAGUAUCAGUCUGUUUCUCUCCUGUAGGAAAUACAUUAGCUUCUGGUAGUAUUGAUAACUCUAUCCGUCUAUGGGAUGUCAAAACAGGAUAAUAAAAAGCCGAAUUAGAUGGUCAUAGUAAUGAUGUCAACUCAGUCUGUUUCUCUCCUGAUGGAAAUACUUUAGCUUCUGGAAGUAGUGAUUAGUCUAUCCGUCUAUGGGAUGUCAAAACAGGAUAAUAAAAAGCCAAAUUAGAUGGUCAUACUAGUUAUGUCUACUCAGUCUGUUUCUCUCCUGAUGGAAAUACAUUAGCUUCUGGUAGUGUAGAUAAGUCUAUCCGUCUAUGGGAUGUAAAGACAGGUUAAGAAAUUAAAUCCUCUGAUAAAAACUACAAAGAUAUACUAGCUAAAUUUAAAGCACCUCUUUUUUAGAACAAUCCUCUACCAGGUAUUUAUUAGAUUAUUAUUAUUAAGUCUCUAAUUAUCCAAUUCUUGUCAUAUCACAAGAAUUAAUAUUGGAAGCAUAAGAUACUCUUAUCUUAUAAGGAGAAUUUAUGAACCAUUAAGGAAAAGAUUUAAAACCUUUAUUCAAAUUCAAAGGUAGUUGCUUUUUGGAAGACCUUAAGUAAAAGUAAAAGUGA